AUGGAAGAAUAUGACACUAUUGUGCUGGGAACUGGACCCAAGGAGUGUAUCUUGUCUGGUUUAAUGUCCCUUAAUGGAAAAAAGGUUCUCCACAUUGAUAACCACCCGUAUCAUGGAGGAGGGAGUACAUCUAUUUCACCCAUAGAGGAGCUAUACAAAAGAUUUAAAAUUCCGGGUCCAGCGAAAACCAUGUGUCGUGGAAAAGAGUGGAAUGUGGAUCUCAUUCCUAAAUUCUUGUUGGCAGGAGAGGAGCUGGUGAAAAUAUUGGUCUACACUGAUGUUACACGUUAUCUCGACUUUAAAGUGGUCGAAGGCAGUUAUGUUUACAAAAGUGGAAAACUGUACAAAGUUCCAGCUACUGACGAAGACGCUCAAGUUUCAGAUCUUAUGGGCAUGUUUGAUAAAAGACGGUUCAGGAAGCUGCUUCUUUUUGCCCUGAACUUUGAUGUUAAAAACCCGAGGACAUACCAGGAUGUAGACCCAAGCAAGACCACAUCCCGAGACCUCUUUUCCCGCUUUGACCUGGGGCUCGAUGUGAUGGAGUUCACAGGACAUGCUAUCGCCUUACGCAACAACACCAGCUACUUGGACGAGCCGUGUAGAGAGACCAUCCGGAUGAUCAGACUUUACUGUCAGUCCCAGUCCCGGCACAGCGGCAGUCCGUAUCUCUAUCCCCUGUACGGCCUGGGAGAAAUAGCACAGGGCUUUGCAAGGUUGAAUGCAGAGUAUGGAGGGACGCUCCUGUUGAACCGACCGGUUGAUGAGAUUGUGAUGGAGAACGGUAAAGUGAAAGGAGUAAAGUCAGAGGGAAAGCUGUUCUACUGUAAGCAGCUGGUUUGUGACCCAAGCUACGUUCCCAGUCGAGUGAGAAAAGUGGGCCGUGUGAUCAGAGUCAUCUGUUUACUAAACCACCCCAUCAAACACACCCACGAGGCCAGCUCCUGCCAGAUCAUUAUCCCACAGACACAACUCGACCGCAAAUCAGACAUUUUCAUAUCUGUGGUAUCCUACACUCACAACGUGGCCUCAGCUGGAAUGUACAUUGCCACAAUAAGCACAAAUGUGGAGACAAAUAAUCCAGAGAAAGAGGUGCAACCUGGAAUAGAACUUUUGGAACCUAUUGAGCAAAAGUUUAUUUCAAUCAGUAAUCUACUUGUUCCCAAUGAAGAUGGAAGAAGAAGUCAGAUAUUUGUGUCUCGUUCUUAUGAUUCCACAAACCACUUUGAGGGCGAGUGCCAGGACAUCAAGGACAUGUACCACAGAAUCACCGGCUCAGAGUUCAGCUUCGGAGCCUCCAGCAGACACGCUUCUCACAACUCUGACGAAGACUGA